CAAGGCUUACGCGCGAAGUAAGCAGGUUAGGGUUUGGUUCACGCCGCGGAGUCCUGCCAUAGUUAUCCCCGCGCGGCGGCGCCGAUCCGGUUUCCUGUCCCGCGAAUUGCCUUUGUCCGAUUCAUUUAAAUCGAAAUUGCAACCUGGGACGGCGGUCACCUCUGCUGGGUUCAACUAAAUAGAGGGGUGAAACCUGCCCCGAUCUCUCGUAUCGGCUUCAGGAGGGUAUCAUGGGGCUGCUGGAGCUUAACCGGUUGAUGUCCAUGCGGCAGCGUCGGCGCCACCGGAAAAUCCAAUCCCGUAGUAUGUCGAUUUCUUCGGCUAAACGAAAGGGCUUGCCUGGUCAACAAGACGUCAAUCCCCAAGCUUGCAAACGAAGGACGUAUUCAGUGCCGGACCUUCCAAAGGACAUCUGGCAUGAUAUACUGUCCCUGCUGCCGCUGUCAGAUGCUGCCCGAGCUGGCUGUGUGUCUCACACAUUUCUAAGCUCCUGGAGAUCCCAUCCCAACCUCACCUUAAGCAAGGAAACACUGGGCCUGAAUGGAAAUGCAUGUGGACAAGAUGAACUGGCACGGAUUUUCACCAACAGAGUUGACUGCAUUAUGGAAAAUCACUCAGGUGGCUUGAAGACAUUCAAGCUUGAUUAUUGUGGUUCUUCUUUCGACACCAGCUGUCUCAACAGGUGGCUUGACAGUGCUGUUACUCCAGGGAUUGAAGAAGUCAAACUUUCAAUGCCUCUAGGAUGCAACGCAGUUUAUUACGGCUUCCCAUGCUCAGUUUUAUUCAGUGGGAGUGGAAACUCAAUUCGACAUCUUCACCUUAGCCGUCGUGCCUUCCAUCCCACGGCAGGACUUGGUUGCUUGACAAGGCUCCAUCUGUCUCAGGUGCACAUCACGGGAGAUGAGUUAGGGCACCUUCUGUCCAAUUCUCUUGCUAUGGAGGAGCUGACUCUCAAUGGUUGUGGUAAGAUCAUUCACCUCAAGAUAUCUUGCCUGCUACAUCGGCUCAACAGCCUGUCAGUGUUUAAUUGCACAGCUCUGCAAGUGAUAGAGAAUAAAGCACCAAAUGUUUGCCUUGUCCGCAUCGAUGGCGCCCUAGAGGAACGUCUGGUUGGAGAUUUGUUGCAGGUGAAGGAACUGCAAAUGUUGGAUUACUACGAAUGUGACCUUGUUCAUUAUGCUUGUUCCAAGCUUCCAUUCAUCAUGCCAAAUCUUGAAACCCUCGGCCUAUCUUCGGCUGGAGAGGUAUCACAGACUCGAGUAAAGCAUGAAUUGAUUUGUGAUGAAGACUCGAACAUGAGACAGAUGCUGGGACAUCGCCAUUGCAACCUCAAGAACGUCAGGAUAAUGGGCUUCUGCUCUGCAAAGAGCAUGGUCGAACUAACUUGCCAUAUUCUUGAGAAUGCAACUUCACUCGAGCGCCUUACGUUGGACGCCAUAUACGAUAAUAGUAGUUAUGGGGACGCUGAUAGGUCUUGUGUCGGAAAAAAGGGUGAAUGCAACCCAAAAAGCAGGAGUAUCAUCAAGCACGCCCACAAAGGGCUGUGGGCAAUUGGUAAAUAUGUCGUGGAGAAAGUUCCCUCCACGGUUCAGUUAAGUGUGAAGAAGCUCUGCAGCCGUUGCCAUAAAAUUAAAUGGUGGUGCCUGGCCAUGCAGGCUUUAAAAAUACAAGUGUAUUUCGUGUACCUUCUUCAGUUGAUGAAACAUUCUAUCAGUGUUGUACAAAAAUACAUGGGCCGUGCUUUCUUUGUUUCUUUCUUAAACAAUCAUUUGUCUGGUUAUGUCAAGAUCAGCUCCUGGUGAACAUUCUAUUUUGACAACGGCAAAAAUUACAUUUA